AAAGUUGAUAAAUUUUGUAUUGAAGUUUUGUUAAGAUUUUUGUUGAGUGGUUAAAACUAGAUUAAUUUCUCAUAUUAGAAAGAGAAAAAAAAACAAAAAACAAAAAAAGGGGAAUUAAAAGAUGGAUUAUGAUGACAAUAGUUGAAGACAACUUUCUAGAAGAGUAUAAGGAGUAUUGCAAUCCUUGGAGCAUAGAUGUUCUAGAGAAGGAUUUGUUUAGUGUUCUGAGAGGAAAUUUGGGAUCAAAUCUAGAUUCAUUUUUCUACGAAAAGGUGAUUCCAAUUCAUGGGGAUGUUUCUUGUGAGAACUUGGGGGUGCAAGAUAUCACUUUAAGGAAAGAAAUUUGGAAAAAUACAGACAUUGUGGUCAAUUGUGCUGCAACAACCGACUUUGAUGAAAGAUAUGAUGUUGCAUUGGCCGUCAAUACAAUGGGAGCUCUUAAUGUCUUGAACUUUGCAAAAAAUUGUCCUGGAAUAAUAAUGCUUCUCCAUGUUUCAACUGCUUAUGUGUGUGGUAAAGGAACUGGACUCAUCAUGGAAAAACCAUUCUGCAUGGGUGAGAGCCUCAAAGGAACAUGUAAAUUAGAUAUUGGCAUGGAAAAGAAAUUGGUAGAUGAGAAAUUGAAUCAACUCCCAGCACAAGAAGUUGCAUUUGCCAUGAAGGAUCUUGGAUUGAAAAGGGCGAAGUGGUAUGGAUGGCCAAACACAUACGUAUUUACAAAAGCAAUGGGAGAAAUGCUUUUAGGGAGCUUCAGAGAUAACUUACCCCUUGUUAUUAUACGUCCUACUAUGAUAACUAGUACUUUUAAAGAACCAUUCCCUGGUUACAUUGAAGGUUUAAGAACUAUUGACGCCUUUAUUGCGACAGUCGCGAAGGGCAGAGUCAAUUGUUUUCUUGGUAAACCUGAGACAAUCUUGGAUGUCAUACCAGCAGACAUGGUGGUAAAUUCAAUGCUCAUGGCCAUGUGCGCUCAUGCACAUCAAUGUUCAGAUAAUGUAAAGAUUUACCAUGUUGGCUCCUCGCUUAGAAACCCUCUUAAAAUCUCAAAUAUUCAUGAUAUUGGCGUUCGCUAUUUCACUCAAAAUCCAUGGAUCAACAGAAAGGGAAAGCCUGUUCGGAUCACCAAAGUGAAAUUCUUGGGCAGCAUGGCUAGAUUCCGAACUUACAUGACGCUUAGAUAUGUGCUUCCAUUAAAGGGAUUGGGUCUCGUAAAUGCAGUUUUUGGCCAGCAUUCUCAUGCUGCCUAUGAGAAUCUGCACCGAAGUAUCAAAUUGGGGAUGCGAUUGGUAGAACUCUAUGAACCCUACCUAUUGUUCAAGGGCAUCUUCGAUGACACAAACUCAGAGAGUUUGCGAAUGGAAGCAACGGAGGAUGAUGGUGGAUUUGACUUCAACCCUAAGUGCAUUAACUGGGAGGACUACUUCUUCAACAUUCACAUUCCCGGCCUUAGAAAAUAUGUAAUGACAAAAUGAAUUUGGCCAUAAAUCAUAAAACUAGUAUUGUUUAUGUGUUGCUACUGCUAUCUGUUGUUUAAUAAUAAGCAAGCCUACAAUUUCUAGAAUUAGUAGGACAGCAGCUGCAUAGCUUGUAUGUGGCCAAAUUAUAUAUCCAAGGUGGAAAAGUUAUUAGUUGAUGUGUAUUUUUAUCAUUAUAAUUACUUAAUGUACUGUAUUUUUGUUUGUCUCUCUUUUUAAUAAAAGAUUUAAUACUUU